AUGCUUGCCACUCUCCUCGUUGCUGCCCUUACCGCGUCGUCCGCCAGCGCCAUGGCCAUCUCGCCUCGCGCCUCCAUCACGGAGUUCACCACCUCGCCGGUCGUGUUCAACUUUCCUCCCGGGCGUGAGGGCUUCAACGCCAGCACGGCGAGCAAGGCGCCGUGCGGCAACAUGACCAUGGGCGCCCGUGCCAACUACCCCCUGACCGGCGGCCAGAUCUCCCUGUCGCAGACCACGGCGAUUGACAACCUCAACAUUGUCUACACCAACGACAAGGACCCGGCGCGCUUCCACGCGUUCAGCAGCUUUGGCGCCGCGACCGUGCAGGACAUUGGCAGCGGCGGGUACUGUACCGCCGGGCCCGACUUUGCCGCCCUGGGCAUGGCCGCAGGCGACGUCGCGACCCUCAUGGUGUUUUACCAGCUCGACGGCGCCGAGACGUACUACUACCACUGCGCGGACGUGCAGCUCGUCGCUGAAUCAUCGUUCACCAAGCCGAGCUAUACGUGCGCCAACGCGACCGACGUCCAGAUCGCCGCGUCAAACGACACGCUCAGCAUGAGCGGCUGGUCGUCGGGCAUGGCGCCCACGGCCACGGCGUCGAGCGGGAGCCACGCGUCGUCGAGCGCGGCGGCGGCGGCUGCGUCGUCGUCGUCGACGAGCACGUCGCGCGCCGACCGCGUCGUCGCUGGUGCCGGAGCCGUCCUCGCUGCCGUCGGAGCUGCGAUGCUGUUCUAG